UAAUGUCGUUAUUAGCAAUCUGGUGCUACAACGUUAGUCCUGUGGCUAGCCGGCUAUAUUUGCAUACAGGAAAACAGUUAAUAAUUUCUUUCGUGGGGGAGCUAUGGUUUGUUCAUCACAUAAUCAUAUAUUAACAGUAUACCAUGAACAUGACUUGCGUUCUGAUUGGCAUGCAAUAUUGAACACCUAACUUUCCAUGGAAAGAUGAGGUAAACGUUAAUGCUAGCUAGCCAUUAACGUUGACGUUACUCCUAGCUAGCACUGAAACGUUAGCUGGGCAGCCUUUCAUCAUAAUCGAUUAACAGUUCCCUUAUGAUUCACCCGCUAUUGUUCUGUCGAGGCGUCCAUGCGUGAGUCCUUCUGAGGGAGAGAGACCCAUGGCAAAGUGGCUGAGGGACUACCUGAAUUUCGGCAGUCGGCGCGGACCCCCCCAGCCCCCAACGCCAGACUACACGGAGAGCGAGAUCCUGCGGGCAUACCGGGCGCAGAAAGCGCUGGACUUUGAGGACCCAUACGAGUGCUCCGAGCAGCAGCGCGACUCGCCCGGCAGUGCUAGCGACGACAGCGAGGGCUUCGAGGCGUUCGGUGCGGUGCUGCCCAAUGGGCUUCAGGUGAAGGUGGUGUCGCCCAAACACCGCCUCAUCAAGGUGGACUCCCAGGAGUUCGGACGCUGCGCCCCCGUCCUCACAUCCAACUUCACCAGCACACUCGCCUUUCAGGAACCCCCGUCUCCUCCGGUGGUCCCAUCAGCUCCUGCGGUGGGGGACACGGAUUACUCGGACCCGUUUGACGCCAGACCGGAUCCCCGGGCCCGACCCGUCCAGGAGGAUCUGCCAGUGGAGAGCAGCAGCUACAUGGAGCCCUUCGAGGCCCAGAGGGUUAUCACAGAGCUGCAGCAGGGUCAGCUGCUGUAUGACAGCCCGUAUGAAGAGCGAAGUGGGCGUCGGCUUGGGGUGGAGUCAGAAGAGGAGGAGCGCGAGAGUCGCCUCCCACAGGAUGACGAGCGGCCUGCGGACGAAUAUGACCAGCCCUGGGAGUGGAAGAAGGACAACAUCUCAAAGGCACUAGCAGCGGUGCAGUUUGAGGGGAGUGAGUGGGAGGACCAGGGCCGUGCCCAGCGCUGCAGCCCAACCACCAGUGGCAGUGCCAGCCUGCGCCACCCGUCCGACCCGCACAACAUGUUGGGGGAGAGGGUCGACCCCUAUCUGUCUUUAGAGAAGCAAGUCUGGUACCACGGAGCUUUGACCCGCUCCGAGGCAGAGGCCCUGCUGACGCUGUGUAAGGAGUGCAGUUACCUGGUGAGGAACAGCCAGACCAGUCGCACAGACUACUCACUCUCCAUCAGGAGCUGCCAUGGCUUUAUGCAUAUGAAGUUCUCUCUGUCCAGGGAAGGCAAGUACGUCCUGGGUGAGAACAGCCCCCCGUUCGACACCAUCCCCGAGGUCAUCCACUUCUACACCACCCACAAGCUGCCCAUCCGUGGGGCCGAACACCUCUCCCUACUCUUCCCUGUGGUGGUGCAGACGCUGUGAGGAGACCCACCGCUACCGCCACACACACACACACACACACACACACACACACACACACACACACACACACACACACACACACACCCCCCUGCUGGAGUUUCGCCAUGGCAACCACACAACACAGAGGCAUCUCCAUGUCGACGACCUCACAUGGCAACAGCAGCUUCACACACUCCCAGAGAAGUGCCUCCAUAGCGAUGACUCCACACACCACAGAGUGUCCGUCUCCAAGCAAACAUCACAGUCUCUGUUGAACACCUCGAACCCCCUGCACUCUCAGUGUUGGGGAGGGGUUUAGUAACUGUUAGACUGUCCCCACACAAACUUUGCUCUCCCAGGAUACAGGAUAACUUAAAGUUUAUUUAAAUUAUGUCAGUAUCUGGUUUACAUAAAUGCGUGGGUUUUCUUGGGAUCUUCACUAGACUUUGAUGAUCCCUACAAAAUCUGAACACUUCCCUUCUUCUCUUUCUAUACACCUGUCACACUGCUCCCUCAGAAACUGGAAGCUCUUGGUCAGUCUAUAGAGCUGAUGGAAUAUCAGUCAUGCUCUUUGGAGGGUCAAGCAAACUCAAAUAGACUCACCCUAACAUGUCGCCCGACAGAAGGACCGCUACUUAAUUGAAUGGUGUCUUCAUGGGCUGCUCGGUGUUGUAAUGGUCCCAUCUUAAUGAGGUAAUGUAUGGAGACUAACUCAGUGUUGUUAUCAUGACCGGAGUAUCAGAGGAGUCCUUUGAUCUCCCUUUCAACUUUUUUUUAAGGGGGAUUCUUUAAGGACUUUUACUCUCAUGCUUGGAAGGGAUGCUAUGUUUUUCAGGACUAUUAUGAGACGCUACUUGUCACUGCAAACACCUCAGCAUUCAUUCACAGGAGCCCGUUUAUACCGAGAAAACCUGUGAGACGUUCUGAGUAUGUUGAUUCACAAGACCCCAUCUCUGCCGAGAUGAUCUGCUAGAUCAUCUGUUUGUUCGUUCACAAGAGAUGCCCUGCCCUGUUCUGGCACUGCACUGACCUGCUGGCCUGCCCAUGCUGAGGGCCAGCCGCUGGCACUAGGGCCUGAUGAUGCCCUCUCAGAUCCUGAACGGGUACCAAUGAUGCCCACUACAGCAGGUGUUGAUUUUCCUCUCAGACACAGGAAGGGGGGGCACUGGUACCCUCUUAAACAGAAUGGACAGCCUGAAGAGGGCCUUUGCCCUGUUUGUCCGUCUGUCUGUCUGUCCGUCCGUCCACUUGCUCCUCUGCCGCCACAGUCAUACACUGGUCUCUCUUAAGCAAUACGCACACACGCACACACACAUGACUUGUUUCAAUCAAUGCUUCUUUCAUUGGCAGUAUUGGCACUAACCUAUAUGUUUGACAGAUGUGUAGGGGGGCCUUGGAGAGCUGGCUCAUAUUCCGGUGCUUUGGUGUGUAUUUGUAGAUAAAUCCUUAAUUAGAAACUGAGUAUUUCUUAUUCCAGCAGCUAGAACACCCUCAGUGCACUUACGACACUAGCCUCCAACACCCCACACAGAAACAGAGGAGGGUCAGGAGUGUGAGACCAGCCAGUGAGGAACCCCUGCAAUGGAAGAGAGGGGUGCUAUUGGUUGGCUGUGGAGAUGGUGGGCUAUCUCUCCAACCAAUAGUCUGCCAGCAGCUACCACCCUAUACAACCACACCAUGUCCUGGGGUUCAUAUAGUCUGAGCAUCCACUCCUUCCUGCUCUGAAUGUGUUGGGCCUUCACAACAUUAGUCUUCUUUUAAAGGUGCUUGCACUCUGCCCCAACCAACUCCAACAAACACCACAUUUGGGUUUGCGUACUGUCAGUUUGCAUUUGGUGUUUGCUGGAUGUUUUUUUUUUAUUAGUUUAUCGUUAGCAGUGUAGAAGGAUGGGCCUUUACAAUCACCAUAUUAUGGGAUGUAAGGAGGAGAGGAUAUGGCAGGGAGAGGUCACUCAAAUGGCCGAAUAUGAGUAAUUACAUGCCCAUUGCCACAAUAGUGAUGUUAACACACAGGGUCUGGUAAUCAUGGCAAAUGAAUAAGAACAAACACUACAAGGUUGUGUACUCUGCCCCAAACCAAAGGAGAAAUAGCAGUGGUUGUGUGCCGUGAAGCCCAGGUUAGGGGUUUCAUGCCUGUUCAUUUGUACCAGUUGACCAGUUUUUCAUAAUAGUUGUCGACUGAUUAAGGUGCUGGUGCUAACAUUCUGUUGCUAGGGGAACAUUCCAGGUGGUAAUCCAUAGUAGACAUGUUCUUGUUUGACUCUAACACAGCUGUGUACAACAGGGAUUGCACUGGAACAGGUGUCAUUUUCGGUGAAGUACUUCCUUACAUAGGAAUGCAUGUCAAGCCGGUUAGCCUUUAUCCAUUUUGUCAUUUACUGGUUGACUGGUGCGUACAUCACUGGCUUGUGAUGGCUUCAGUAGUCGAGUGGACUAGUAGUUGAUGAAAUCCAUAACCCUGGUGAAGUGUUUAAAGGCAGUUAAUGAUGUGAGUGAACUACAGCUGUGAAAUCUGAAACGUACACCACUUGGUAUUUCUGCCACUUGCAACAUAGGAAAGCUCACUAGAUGAAGUGAAAUAGAACACUGGAUGCUACCAGGUCCCUGCAUAACAACUAUAGAUUGUAUGUAUCAAAUACAAUAUAUGAAAAAAAAAAACUUUGUCUGGGGGACUUUAAAACAUUACUUAUACAAUCACUUCAAAAUAUAUAUUUUAAGGAAAUGUCAAACACCUAUGCUCUGUAUUAACCCAAUACACAGACAAAACAUUUUACCAGCUGACUUCAGACUGUACCCCUGAAGGUGUUCCAUCAGAUUCUGUGCAAGUCAAUGUAAUAUUGCAGUUGUGCAUAAUGGUAUUGAAGAUGACUCGAAUCUUUCAGAAUUCUACACAUAGCCCCUUGAAAGCAGGCUGUUAUUUCGGUCACAGGGUCAGGCUGCACACUUCUCUUGGGUUUUACUCUCUGUGGAUGUCUUGUCAAUCAUUCCUGGACCUGUCGAGCUGGCUUCUCAUGUAACACAGUAUGCACUGUGCUAGCUACUGGGGUCAGAGCAAAAUAGUUGUGGGCACCACGUGCGAGGGCUUCCUGACCAAUGCGCUUGCUUUGUGCAUAGGCUUGGCGGAAGCCAUUUUAGAUCAUGAGUAAAGAGGCGCAGCAGUGCUGUGGUCAUAUUGGAUUGCCUGUUAAAGUUCUUUGCUGUAAGGAAGGACGUGCUCCGAGACAAAACAGGAACUUAAGGGCAACAUUCCAGCCCACAUAACUGGCCUUGACGAGGGAAUAUAAAGCAAUCGUAGUUGCCAAACUAUGGCUGACAGAAUCACAAUGUGGUGACAAGUUGUGUAUACUGUGCUGAUGAGAUGAGACACUGACAUGUCUUAAAACCUUAUGGGUUCAAAUAUUGUUCAUGGUUGAGUACCCUUCUCGAAGGACGUUCAUACAGGGUGACAAUAAUCACCGUCUUUCAUGAAGGAUAUAGGGUAUUGCGAGCUAUAGCAGGUCUUCCAUGUGCCCUGGCUCUCUGCUUUGGGCAUUUGUAAUAUCAGUAUGUUUAUCAUUUGACAAAUAUUCCACCUCUUCACCCUGCGAUCUUAACACCUGACAUUGGACAUUUAAAUAUCUCGGUGUAGGCCUUUACUUGUAGUUACUUAGUGCAGCUUAAAUAGCGAGAAACUAGUUCAAUUGUAAUAUUUGAAUAGUCUUGGCUAGUUCGGUGGCGCUUGUGUCAAGGAAAUAUUCAUCUUUUAGGAUGAGUGGGUUACUAUACUCCCAUACUCUAGUCUAGACAGAAAACCAAGGUGAGUACAUUUGAUAGGAAAUCACUGGUUGCCCUCUUGGUUUUUACAUUGUUGUAAGGGCUUAAGGUGACAUAACCGUUUCGACUUACUUUUUGUAUCAAAUAUGAAAUUGUGUUUAAAAUGGCAAUCUUAUAAAUGAUCUUGGGAGUGUCAAUGUACGUUAAGGAACAGUAGAUUUAGCCUGGUUCUGUCGGUCUACAUCUACUACUUUCUUUUAAGUCUCAGAAGUAUUGCAAUUUAUUGACCAAUACAGUACAUGACUAUUAAUUUAAAUUCUACCAAAGAUGACCAGCUGGGCUUGCAGGAUGACUGAUCUUGUAUCACCUCCUCAAUGGCAUCCAUGUUGCCUCUGGAGUUCCCACACAAGAGGUUCCUUUGUGAUUUAAACGUCUCUCCUCAGCUCAGAAAUUAGCUGUCCAAAAAACUGUUCUAAAGCCUCUUCUCUGUUAAGUAUUUCGAGAUGCAUCUCAGCAGUUACACAGCUGAUUUAGACAGGCAGCACUAGACUAGAGCAGAACUGUUUCAGAUAUUUUACUUUGGAGUGGAACUAUUUCAUACCAAUCUGUCAGUAUGGCACAUACUACCUGAAGUUUUAACUUUUGAAGAGAAUGAAGACGGUCAUCUCUGAAAAGAAAAAGGACAAUUUUUGGUCUGGUGGUCUUUACUUGAGUUUACGGUUUCUCCACUCACACAAUUCUGAAAUGUUCUUUAAUUUCCUAUAAAAAAAACAAUAAAUUGUGAU